CUAAGAGGGAAGCGCGGGGAAGGGGAGGAAAGGGAGACCCCAGCCCACCCCUGUUCCUUCCUUUAAUAAUAUCAUGUACCGUAUACCCCGCCCAUCUGGCUGAGUAGCCCCAGCCACUUUGCUUUUCCUUCUCCCGAGGGGUGGCUGGUGAUGGGGGCACAGACACAGAAAGCAGCCUCAUGCAGAGCUCUGCAGAGCUCAGUAUUACCCACACUGACUGGCAGCAACAGCUCUCCAGGGUCUCUCCCCCCCCCCAUCCUAUCUGGAGAUGCCACUGGAGCUUGAACUUGAGACUGUCCUCACGCCACCCUCCAUCCUCCCAAGUGCAGGUGCUGUAAUUUCCCAGCCUUCAACUUUUCCGAAGGCUAGAAGCUUGUGAAGCUUCGAGUCCGAAGCAGUAGGGCAUCAGAUUGUACACCAAAAGAUUUCACCAGCAAUCCGGAUUUUCCAUUCCAGAAGACGCCAUGGCAGAGCAUGGGGCUCACCUCACUGCGGCCUCCAUCUAUGAGGACAGGCCAUCCAUCUUUGAAGUCGUUGCCCAAGACAGCUUGAUGUCAGCUGUGAGGCCUGCACUGCAACAUGUGGCCAAGGUGCUGGCUGAAUCCAACCCUGGCCGUUACGGCUUCCUGUGGCGCUGGUUUGACGAAAUCUAUGCCCUCCUGGAUCUGCACCUCCAGCAUCACUUCCUCUCAAGGUGCAGCGCCUCUUUCGCUGAGAACUUCUACAGCUUGAAGAGAGUGGUGAUGAGCUACGGGGGCAGCAAGCCCAGGCAGAGGCGCUCAGUCACUGCCGGGUUGCCACGUAGGCCUCACUGGAAAUCCCUCUGCCUGCUGGUCCUCGUUCCCUACCUGAGGACCAAACUGGAGGCGCUGGUUUCCCGUCUCCGGGAGGAGGACGAUUACUCUAUCCACCCGCCAUCGUCGGCCUGGAAGCGGUUCUACAGGGCCUUCCUGGCCGCUUACCCCUUUGUGAACUUGGCUUGGGAGGGCUGGUUCCUGGUCCAGCAGCUUUGCUACGUCCUGGGGAAGUCCCGGCACCACUCGCCCAUGCUGAUGCUGGCUGGCGUCCAGCUGGUCAGGCUCACGGCGGAAGAUGUGCGAGCCUUAGAGAAGGUGGCAGCGGCAGCGGCUGUGAGCGGGAGCAGGAGCCCACAGCCAGCAGGAAGCUUGAAACAGCAGGUACAGUCUGCUGCAAAAAAAGCCUUGGGCGGCCUGGCCUUCUCCCUCUCCACCGGCCUCUCCGUGGGCGUCUUCUUUCUCCAGUUCUUGGAAUGGUGGUACUCGUCUGAGAACCAGGAGUCCAUCAAGUCCCUGACAGCUCUGCCUACCCCUCCGCCGCCCGUCCACCUGGACUGCAGGGCAGGCUCCCCGCUCUUGCCGAAGCUCAAGACCGUCUGCCCACUGUGCCGCAAAAUCCGCGCCAACGACACGGCCCUCUCCACCUCCGGCUUCGUCUUCUGCUACCGCUGCGCCUACAACUACGUGAAGCAGCACCAGCGGUGUCCUAUCACAGGCUAUGCCACGGAACUCCAGCACCUUGUCAAACUGUACACCCCUGAAAACUGACGGAGGUGGCCCACAUCCUGUCUCAGGCACCACGUGGCUGGAUGGGAUACUUGAUUAUGUUUGUAUGUGCUUCUCUUGUACACACAUGAAAUUUAUCUGCUACGCAGGCA